AUGUAUUUUUUCGCUGUUCUCGCGACAAUUUUCGUAGCUUCAAGCUUUGCUGCUGAUGCCCCAGAGCCGCAAAGCGCUCAGAGCAACGCUUGCGCACGCAGAAAUAGCUACUUACCAGUAGAUGGACAAUGCGACGCUUACGUGGAAUGUACUGAUUACGUACCAUCGCAAAAGUUAUGUCCUGACGGUCUGCACUAUGACCCGACAGUUGCAUGGCCAAACUACCCCUGUGGAUACCCCUCGGUUGUAACUUGCAAGAGUUCCUACGCGAUUCAACCUGCGCAAGCAACAACUGAUUGCCCUCAUCAAUUCGGAUACUUCCCCUCACCAAUCGCUGCUCCCAAUGAUUGUGGACAAUACCGCAUGUGUAUUUCUGGAAAACCUAAUGAGAUGACGUGCCCCACUGGACUUGCUUUUGACUUCUCAACCAACCGCUGUAACUGGCCUGACUUAGUGCCUAGCUGCAAUGCAGAGAAGUACCUUGGCUACCAAUGCCCCGCGGCCAGUUUUGAUGAGAGCGGCAACCCUAUUAAAACCAACCACAAGUUUGAGAAUAACUGCUACGCGUUCUAUUCCUGCCUAAGCGGUAAGCCGCGCCUGUUGUCUUGUGACACUGGGUUUGCCUUCGAUCCCGCUUCUGGCCAGUGCGUAGAUGCUGACAAGGUUGCCUGCGCUGACAACGCUCAAGCUGUACCGCAAUAA